GAAUUACUAUCCAGAUGAGUGCGGGAAAGUAAAAUCUACAAUAGGGAACGUCUUGCCUUUGUCAACAUACAAACAAUACAAUAUGUCUCUCUUCAAUACUGAUAUUUGUGGGACAUACACAUUGGACUUCCAGGAGCCAGUUAUGCUAAAUGAUUUACCCGGCGUGCAAUACCAAGCAACUUCGUCAAUGUUUGACAACUCUGAUACCUGCUACUGUCCACGUAAAAACUGCCCUCUCCCAGGUGUCAGAGACAUAUCAGCAUGUAAACAAGCACCUCUGUUCAUUUCACUGCCACAUUUCCUGAAUGCAGACCCAAGUUAUGGAGAAGCAGUGACAGGAUUGAAUCCUGAUGAAAAUAAACACUCUUUCUUCAUGUCACUGGCUAAUCUUACCUCUGUUCCAAUGGUUGUCAGGGUUCGAUUACAGACAAACAUACUACUGGAGCCAAUCCCUAACAUGACUUUUUUCCAUAAUGUGACAACAACUUACUUCCCUAUGUAUUGGGUGGAUCAAUACGCCAUCUUAACUCCUGAGUUAGCGUCUAUGAUGCAUCCUCUUUACUCUCUCUCGGACUGGGGUAGAUGGGUCAUCCUCAUCAUCGGAGGAGGGGUUGGAGUGAUUUUUGGACUCUUGGCACUCAUACUGCGUUGUGAAAACUAAUGGUUUUGGAAAUUAAAAGAAUGUAUC